CAACAUCGCGACGCGUCUCGGCGCGCGCCCGGCGCUCUCCGCUGCUCUCAUGGACGCCGGGAGCCAGACCUGGCCGCCCCCGGCCCCCUCGCCGCCGCCCUUCUCCUCGCGUCUCCGCGCGUCUCCUUCCCCGCACCGUCGCCGGCGCCGCCACUCCAAGAAGCAGCACAAGCCCCCGCCCGCGGAGCCGCCCCCGCCCCCGACGCCGGCGCCGGCGCCGGCGCCGCAGGGUGCGGACUUCUCCGCGCUCCCGCCGGAGCUCGUGCACCGAGCGCUCGCGGCCUCGUGCGCCUCCGACGUCGCGGCGGCCAGCCGCGCGUGCCGCGCGUGGCGGGACGCGCUGCGGCCGCUCCGCGAGGCCGCGGUGCUGCACGCGUACGGCCGGCGCGUCAAGCACGGCCCCGUGGCGGGUGCCGCCGCUCGCGGGGUCGGGGUCGGGGGCGGAGGGCGUAUCGAUACGGAGAGGCAGCGCGCGCUGGGACUGUUCCAGCGGGCGGCGAGGCUGGGCUCCGCGGCGGCGAUGGUGGACGCCGGGCUCAUGUGCUGGGAGGAGGGGCGGCGGGAGGAGGCCGUGGAGUACUACCGGAGCGCCGCGGAGCUGGGGCACCCCGUCGGGAUGUGCAACCUUGGGGUCUCCUACCUUGAAGCUGAUCCACCCAAGGCUGAGCAAGCCAUCCGAUGGUUUUAUCCAUCUGCAUCAGCAGGCAAUGCUCGUGCUCAAUACAACCUAGGCCUUUGCUUGCAGAAUGGGAAAGGGAUCAAGCGUAAUCAGAAGGAAGCUGCAAAGUGGUACUUGCGAGCUGCAGAGGGAGGGAAUGUACGAGCCAUGUAUAACAUUUCCCUGUGUUACAGCUAUGGUGAAGGGCUUGCACAAGAUCCAGUGCGUGCUAAGAGGUGGCUGCAACUAGCGGCUGAUUGUGGUCACAAGAAAGCUCUUUAUGAGUGUGGUAUUAAACUCUGUGCGGCAGGAGACAAGGUCAAGUCUCUCACAUAUUUGGAGUUGGCAACACGGCGUGGAGAAACUGCAGCUGCCCAUAUGAGAGACGUAAUACUGGAAUCACUCUCUGCUGCGAACUCACAGCGUGCCCUAUCAGAUGCUGAUAAAUGGAAACCUAGGGCUCUCCAUCCAAGAAGGUGAGAUGGACCACACCAAAACAUCAACAACUAUAUCAUCCAGAUGGCCAUUGCCUAUGUCAUUCGUAACCAGAACUGAAGUAUGGCUCGAAUGGGUGGAGCAAACAUGUAUGCUUUUGCAGCAUCUUGAGUGUUACCUUGCUGUAGCCAUACCUUCUCAAUCUGUACAAAGCCGUCCAUCACAGAUAACAACGGGAGAAGUUGCAAAGAAUUCCCAUGGCAAUAGUUCUGAAGGAGAUGCAGUGGUGCAAACAAAACUGUACAGUUCAAACUGCUGAUUUCAUCAGGGCUGACGCCUGGAGGCUGGACUUGUGUCUUUGUUGUAAAAGAAAUUUUGUCCAUUGAAAAAAGACAGAAAUCUUUGGUCAUAGACCAAAUGUGUGAAUGCUGUGUCGCUGUUGCAAUUAAAAGAAGUGAUGAACUCCUAUAGAGUCUCGGUUGAGUUUUUUUUUUUUGGAUAAGAAGGUUCAUAUUGUUGACAGGAUGUCUGAAGACGAGGGCCCCAAAACUAUAUAUAAUCACCACAAAAGGAGAUGGUAUUAUUGGUCUUUUGUUGGAGAAAAGAAGCUGCCAUCUAUUUUUCAAGUAUGUAUGCACUGGACUGGAUUGGACAUUAGUGCU